AUGCUGUCAAAGUCUAGGUUCGCUCUUUUUCUAGGCUUGUUGCUGUUGGCCGGCUUUCAACUAGGAGUCCUCGCUGAGCCAUCGCCGGGCAUCCAAAAAUGGGCAGCAUGGACAACCAGCUACAACAACAAACACGUUGUUCUAGCAGAAUCACCGCCUCCUCCUGGCCCGCCCGGCCCGUCUAUCAUUCCAAUUCUGACGCCAUCUCCAUCAGUCCCUCAGAUAUCCCCUCCGCCGCAGACAACCAAGAGCGAAAAGUCAUUCAACCCAUCAGACGUGCCCACAGUAUGGCCCUCCUCAACAGCCGCGGCACGGAAACCAGGAACAGCUUGCACCGAAGACAGCCAAUGUAACCUCCCAAACCAGUGCGCUCGCGACCAGACCCCGGCUUGUGAUAAAGUGGCCCAGGUCUGCAAGUGUCUAGUCGUGCCUACGCUUGCGACUUCCACCUCAACGACGCCGACCAAGAGCACCAGCAAAGCGCCGUACCCUGUCGUCACGCAAUGGAUCAAGGAUAUGGAGACCAAGGUCGGCGAGCAGAAAUGCAACGACAAGGUUUCAUUCGGCCAGGAGGUCAUUAGCGGGACGGAUAUCCUGAUGGAUAUCAAGAAGAUUUGCAAGGCGUUAGAUGAGAAGAAGCUGCGAAUCUCGCCAGAUAGCGGGGAAUAUAAAUCCAACGGACUCGGCACGAACGGUUCGAAACAUCAUUUUACAAUUUCUUGGGUAGAGGGCUGCACGUUCCCGAGCAAGGAGAGGACAAAGCAUGGCAUGAGGGCCUUUGAUCCAAGGGAGACGGGGGAGGAGAUUGAUGGGAUGAAUCGGUGCGAGUACAUGCUAUAUUGGAACUGGAAGGAAUCGGCAAAGGAGGGUAUCGAGAUAUAG